GAUAUCCGGUUACUACAUUGAGCAACGCUAGCUUCAUGCCAGCUAAGUUUUAGUGGACAUUUGUGGAGGUUUUCCGGGGCGACGGUUGCUUGUCAGUCAGAGGCAAAAGUCCACAGCUCGUUCGACAAUCGGUUUGAGCCACAUCACUAUAAACAUGACCAAGCACGAGUUCGAGGUGGCGAUGACGUGUGAGGGAUGCUCCGGAGCAGUUACCAGGAUUCUCACCAAACUGCCAGACGUGAAGUUUGAGAUCGACCUUCCCAAGAAGCUGGUGUGGAUCGAGUCCGACAGAGACGUGGAGUCUCUCACCGACACGCUGAAGAAGUGCGGGAAGGAGGUCAAGUACAACGGCACCAAGUAAAGGAACGUGUGCUUCACGUGGAGCAGGUGACGUGAUGGGAAGUCAAUUCUGCUGGCGCAAACAUCCAAGUUCUUUGCCUAAUAAAGCAGCGUCUUAUGGAUCCCAAGUGGCCCCCACCUCAAUCUCAUACCUACAUCAUACCCCUCUUGGGGGCAGACCUCCUGUUGUGAUGUCACCUGCGUUUCAUCUUUAUUUGCAGCUCUGAACUCUGCCGCUCUCCCGUGUGACGUACUUCUCCUACAGUUACGGUGUUUGUUCGUCACGUUCAUGUUGCGCAUCGCAGACACGGAACUCUGGUUUGUGUAAUUAAAAAAAACAUCACGACCUGCGACUGCAUUUUUAAAAGCUCUGUUGCCAUUCUUUAGCCACCAGUUUGAGUAAAAGCUAACAAGCGUUAUUAAAGUAAACAUUCCGAGGUCUGAAGAAGGGGGUGGAGGACUCGGCCGCUCCAUCUUAGCUGCGUCACACGCCACACUACACAAGUUUAUCAACUCUGUUACGGGGAUUAAAUAAAUCUUCAUGUUGUGUUCAUGGGGAAUAAAAUCACUUCAGCCUGACAAA